AUGACGCACACGAUUGGUCGCCGCCGCGCGGGUAGCAACACUCGACUCACAUUCACAUACGCCGGAAACGCAGGAGAGCGGGCGCCGUCAGCUAGUAUACAACCCAGCUCCCCGCGAAGCGAAAGGAACGUUUCUGCAGAAAAAGGCAUUGCCCUCGAGUCCGAUGCCGCCGGCGCUACGGGCCAGAAACCAGUAGUGGACGACUGCGAGACUGCGGCAUCGGUUUCCCCGAGAGUCUCUUCUUGCGACACAAACUGUGGCGAUUUCGCUUCGGAAGACGCAAUCACCAUCGCCAACGGCGUGCUCAGCGGGAGAGCGUCGUUCUUCCGGAGAUCACCCGAUUUGCUUGCGGGUGAUAGGGAGAGGAGCGCGGUCUCUUUCUCCAGACCGGAAUCCUCGACGCGUUUGAACGAAUUCACCGAACAAGAGCUCGUGCAGGCUGGCAAACUGCUGAGGCUCUUGAAGAUGCGCAUGCAGAGGACGGAAAAGCCCUCGCGCUCCGAGAACGCGGGAUCAACAGAUUCAGUGUUCACCUGUAGGGAGUCGGAAAAGACGAAAAAGCGCGACGCUGAUGAACCGGGAGAGCAGGUGCCUGCCGCUGGAGGCUGUCAAUGCUGCUCCGAGAGGCAGAGGACCAGACGCAGCAACGAAGCAAGCUCCGUCAACGAGCGAGAAGCGAGCCACCGGCAUGAAGACGAGAGCGUCACCACUGACGCCGGCGCUCCACGCGCCGUUCAGCAUCGCCUGGGUGAGGGCGUGCCGGCCUGCUUCGAAUUGCGAGUCCCUAUAACGGACGAGGAAGCCGAAAGAGAGGCUCGGGACAAAAUGCCAUGGAUAGACGACGCGCGGGACGAUCUGCAAAGCGAUGCACCAGCCACACGCAGAGAUCGCUCUGCCUCGUCUCGCGCGGCUCGGCGGGCGUCCUGCGUGCGCAGCUGCACUCCGCUGAAGGCGCUUUCGUGUGCUGGCGAGUUUCCGUCCUCGGCGGCAGAGGCACUGCCAUUCAACGAAGGACAGCGAGACGCCCUCCUGCCCUCGAGCAGCCUCGAGCGCGGCCGCGACACACCACCGGCGCUUCCGCCUCCGCAGGAAGCGUCGGCAGCUCCUCCAGUCGAGCCGCGCGUCGGCAUUUCUCCUUCCGCGUCUCAUGAGCCACCGAGGAUGGCAGCGGGACUGCGGGCCUCGAGUUGGGGCGGUAAGGGCGCGGAGGCGGUCGCUGACUCUCUCGCGUUCUGCGGACGGAGCUUCGAGUGUGCCUCAGACGCCGGCUGGGCGCGGCGCCCGGGGAGAGCAGCCACGAGCGCGGAGGCAGGCAGCAUCGACUCCUCUUUUUUGUGUGGGUUUCCGACGGGCGAAGCGCGCCGCGAAGGCUCCCUCGACUGCGGCGCCGCGCCGCGAACUGCGCGCUCGGAAGGCGAGAAGCCAGACACGCGCAAGGGGCCUCGCGCCGGUUCAGGCCGAUCGGCAGAGGGCGGGCGACCUCUUGCAGCGAAGCAAACGGGCACGUUCAGCACGAAGCUCAAACCGUCCCAGGCGGCGCAAGCAGCGCAGGAGCGCCUGGGGAAGGAGUCCUCCACGCGGACGCGCGAGGCAACGCCGAAGAAGGCAGCUGAACAAGAAGCGGGAGAGGCGUCCGCAGCACGCAGACCUCUGGCUCGUGGUUCGCGCGAAAAAAGUGCGAAAGGCCAAACAGCCGUCUCGCUGUCAACCAAAUCGACCUUCGACCGACCGCCCUCCUCGAUUCUCAACGACCAUUUAUCCGACACCAGUGGCUCCAACUGGAAAGACGAGGAUGCGGAGGACGAGAGGCUGGAGGCGGACUUGGUGCGCGAGUGCCCAGACUGCGGCCGGACAUUCGCCAGCAUCUCUUUCGAAAAGCACGUCAAAAUUUGUCAAAAGGUCUUUAUGACGAAGCGAAAAGAGUACAACAUGGCGAUGAAGCGUCUGGCGAGCGUCGCGAAGGAGACUGGCGUUUCCGUCGCUGCAGCCCACAGACACGUACACGCGAACAAGAGAGCGAACAAUUUCGAGCUGCUAUGCGCAUGGCUAGACUCUCUGAUCCCGCGCAGCUUGCUGAGGCGCAGGCUACGUUCGCCAAGUACAGCGAAUUCACGUCAACGCAUCAAUGUCGCCACUGCAGCCGCACCUUCGGGCGAGAAGAAGCUCUGA